GUCAUAAUCUCGCCCACUUUAUCCACGUGCGUUUAUCCUGCAUAUACCACAAACAUGUCAGCUGUGGGAGCAGGUGGUCGGUGCUGAAGGUUGAAGAAAAGAAACGUCUCAUGCAUCAAACUGCGGACACAUCAUUUAUGGAUUAAUGGACUCCUCAGGCUGAACCACGUUUCUCUGGACAUAAUCACCACUAUUUCACCAUGUGGGUAUUCAGCAUCGCACAUCAGCACAGGUUGCUCCUUCUUUGGACCAGAAGAUUGUACAACCAUGCAUCAGUCUCAAGAGUGGGCUCUCAGUUUGCCUCUCACCAUGUCUCUGCGUCUCUGCUGCGUCCAGAGGACAGGGGAAUCGAACCUGUGGUGAAGAGACGACGCAGGGCUUUAGAUACCUCCAGUGUCCAACACAAGCCUGUUGUGUCAGACGGAUGGAAGAAGCAGGAGAGGUCAGAUCAGAGGAAAACGUGGAAGAAGGAGAUCCCAGAGUUGCAGAGGCCAAAUCAGAGGAGGGAGGGUGACAGCAGAGUGUCCUCUGAGCUCAGGAGACUCAGUCUGGAUGACUUCCCUGCAGAGAGGGAGAAGAUGGCGGGUCAGAGGUCAACGCUGCACCCCAGAGAAGAGCACUAUGAGGUGGUCUUUGGCAUCGCCCCCUGUGUGUUGGCUCUCACUCAGGGUAGAAGGAAGGCGAGAAAACUGUUCGUGAAAGACGGCGAGGCCUCUGACAGGGCGUCUGUGUUAAAGGUGUGCGAGGAGGCCCAUCGGCGAGGCGUUCAAGUCCAGCGGGUCAGCAAGAAAGAUCUGGACAAGAUGUCCUCUGGGCGAGUGCAUCAAGGGGUGUGUCUGCAGGCGAGCCCUCUGGGAUAUCUCACCGAAGACCGAGACUCCCACACACAGAACAGAGGAGACCCCCCUAUCUGGCUCGUCCUGGAGAGAGUUCAGGACCCGAUGAACCUCGGCGCCAUCCUGCGCUCGGCUUACUUCCUGGGUGUGGACAGGGUCGCCAGCAGUCUUCGCCACAGCUGCCCGUUGUCCCCGGUGGUCAGCAAGGCCAGCUCGGGCGUCAUGGAGGUGAUGGGGGUGUACGGAUACGAAAACCUCGGGGGCAUGCUGGAGUCCAAGGUGGCGCGGGGCUGGGAGGUGGUCGGCACGGUCGGGGCUGACGCAGAGGAGUCCACGGUUCCUGUCACCCUGUGUUCAGACUUCCGGAUGACUAAACCCACGGUGCUGUUGAUGGGGGGAGAGGGGGAGGGGUUGUCCCAGCAGCUGCUCUCUUUGUGCCAAACCCUUCUCACCGUCCCAGCCGGCAGAGAGCUGUGCCCCGGUGUGGAGUCUCUCAACGUCUCUGUGGCUUCAGGGAUUCUGCUGCACUCUCUGCUGUCCUCCAGGAGGUCGAACAGACGAUGACCUCUUUAAAGUUACUGUGAGGAACAUUUGAAAUGGUUGUGAAUCAGACUCAGUUUAGUCCUGAUCCUCUAUGCGACCUCCAUCAGGAAACGAGACCAUCAGAGAGAAGAUCGUCUGUUUCUAUAUAGUUGUUCUUAAAGCUCGUCAUCGGAGCCACCGGGUCGGAUUCUGAUGAAACCAGUUUUCUAAAGGGACUCUGGUGAUCAGAAACACUACCAACACAAAAUGAAAGUUCCUUGUAGUAAAAUGAAAUAUCUGCCUCUACUCAGAUGCAGGGACACUGAGAAUCUCAUGUUGAUAUUUAUGAAAUCGGAUGUAAUUUUUUCUUUUUGUUAUAAAAAUUCCAACAAUGAAUGUAUCUAAUAACAAGUAUAAUGUAUGUAUCAGCCAUAGAGCUCCAUUAAAACACAUCAAUGAGCUUCACUGUAGUUUAUUCUGACUGAAUCCCAUAAACACCGUCCUGCUGCUUCAAAUACUUACAUAAAGUAUCAAAUGUGGAUUCAUCCGCCGCUGAAAAUAGUCCCCAACAAAUGCACUAUUUCUUCCUGUUCUGUGAUGUUUGCUAAAAACUACAGUGCCCAGCUGUUUUAGGAAGCUACUGAGCCUUUUUAUUAAAAAUGUAACUAUGCAUUUGUGACCAGAUUUUAAAGAUUUAAGUCUUCAGUAGAGUGGGGAAGUCUGAAAGUAUUGUUAGACGGAGAAAACCUCCGUGUGACCCGGAAACGAUCUCAUGCCUCCAUUUUGUUGGAUGUCCCAAUUCCUAAAAUGCAUCACGAGGAGAUAGGAGGCUUGUCUGAGGUCUCUAUGAGCGAGGAUACACCGGUCUAUCCUUCGCGGAAGUUGAAUAAAAGAGGCUUGAAAACGGACAGAUGGUGCAGCUGUGCCACACCUCAUAUUUAAUCGCUGUUGCUCUUGACUCCUCUCCCCUCAAGUCUCUUCCUUGUCUACUCCACUCACAUCUCCUGAGGGCGGGAUAAAGAUGUUAGGAAAGCAGCCGAGGAAAAGGAAUAGAGGCUGCACAGUCUGUGAGAAAUGGGGGCCAGUUUCUUCUACCGGGAUUUGUUUACAGCAAGAGCAAUGUGGAAUACUUAACAACUGACUCGUUCAUUAAAAUGCUGCUCUGUUGCUCACGUGAAAUAUAAUAUUAAAUAUGUCUGAUACUGUACUUUUUUAUAUGCUGUACAGAAACAAACUCCACCUACUCUGGGUUGUGAACUGAAGUUUUAUUUUUAAUAAA